AUGGGUUCGUCCUCGCUGGCAACAUCAAUCGACGCCGAAGGCGACGCCUCAACAACCGCACUAUGUCGUUCAGCUCUGAAAGUCGAUGUGUACGCAGGUUGUAUCUCAUUGAGGACCGAGCUAUCAGAGCGAACAGAGGCUCUGCGCGUGCUGGAAGGAGCGAUAGCCAUCCUCGACGCAAAGAGCUCGGCAUCGAACGCUCUGGAUCGCAUCGCGGCGUUGCUUCUCGUACCGGGUUGCACCCUUCCAGUGGCAUCAUGCUUCAAGCCAAUAUUAGUGGAACUAGCGACUCGCGCGCUCGAUCAAGCACACAAAACGGAUGGUACUAGCGUCGAAGCUCUAGUCAAGACUCUGCACAGCUUCGCUUUGUUGAUCGGCAUCUUCCCUCCCGACAUUUACGAGCUCCUGACCACGUUUGUCGGCACGGCCGCCUUUGCCACCUUGCCUCAAAGCAUCUCGGAAGCACCAGUCGAGGUGCGCAACCAAGUGCUGCUGGAUCUUUACAGACUCGUCGCAGCCACCUCGAACGCUCUUCCUGGCCAGACUGGAAGAUCCUACGCUGAAUGGGCGCAUCGAAUCGUUCUCUCGUCGGAUCCUUCCGAUUCAGUUUCCACGCGUCUGCUUGCUCUCCACUUCUUCACCUCGCAGCAGGGCAUCAGCGAAAAUGGACGAUAUCAACUACAGCAAAAGUGCCUCGACACGCUUGCCAUCGACACCUCUGAUCCAUACACCAUCAAUGCGGUAGCGCCGCUCGCCUUCGAACCAGCUGGCAUCAACUCGUGGACUCUCGAAACGGAAGAGUUCUCGCGCAUCCAACUUGCCCGAUCGCGUGUGGCUCAAACGAGCGCACCGUACCUGGACGAUGGAGAGGGCGAAACAGCGAUGAACGGAAAGCGCAUCGCGCUCUCAACCGACGAUCUGUCUCCUGAAGUCUGCUGCGUCGGCGGUGUCCUGCUCGCACGCUCUCGUCAGAGCAUCAACGACCAUUCUGCCAUACCCCUUGAAGACCGCUUCAUCGAGACCACAGGCAUCUCGCCGUCUCUAUCGCAGCUCGCUCUUCGGCUCAGCCUCCAUUACCCCAUCCUCAUCUCCGGUCCAUCGUCCAGCGGCAAGUCGAGCUUGAUACGACACCUUUCACAAUUGCUCAAAGGAGUAGAAUCGUCCACGAAUGCGAGCCAUCUCCUCACCAUCCAACUCGGCGAUCAAUCUGGCAUCGAUGCCAAGCAGCUUCUCGGCUCGUUCGUCUCGAGUCCAACGCAACCAGGCAAAUUUGAAUGGACCGAAGGCGCCCUCACCCGUGCUCUGCGACAGGGCAAGUGGAUCGUGCUCGAGGACAUUGACAAGGCAGGCUCCGAAGUGCUCAGUACCAUCGCUCAACUCGUCGAACAGCUCGGUCCCACAAAAGUAUUGGGCACGCGCCCCACCAUCGAUCUCGGCACUCGUGGCAAGGUCGUAGCUGGUCAUGGUUUUGCUCUCUUUGCCACACGAGCCACAGCUUCCUCGUUGCGAAACGCGUCCUUAUCCACGGGUGCAAAUUUCCUCGGUAGCUCGCACUGGUCAGAAGUAUUCGUGGCUGCGCCCAGUCAGGCCGAUCUUCAACGCGCUACGCAGCCAUCGGCAGCUUCAUCUCGGUCUUCAGCAACAGGCGCGAGCGUCAGCGCGGGCAGCAUCCGCACAGCGACUCUGCGCGAUCUCAUCAAGUGGUGCCGCCGCGUUGAGCGCCUCUUGUCGAACGAACAUGCCUUGCGCUCCGAUCCGCUCAGCAAUCCCGUGCAGCAAGAGGAGAUCUUCAUCGAGGCGUGCGACAUUUUCCUCGGUUCGGUGCCCCCAGCGCAAGAGGUACUCGCCACUUCGGCUUCAGCUACUCCUUCUACAACGAAAGCAUUCAACGGCAAGAGUGCUGACCGCUAUGGAGCGCUGGUUGAGCUGCUCGCCCAAGAGCUUGGCUUGACCAGCGAACGUGCCUGGUGGGCGCUCAAGCAGCGCAUCCCAGAGCUCUCUGUGAGGUCCGCAGAUCCCUCUCUCGGCGUCAACGCGAUGGUCCAGUCCAUUGACGCUGGAUCGAGCCUGAUCCGUGUCGGUCGCUGCGAGCUGCAGCGUCGUUCCAAGGCCAUCGCCAAAAGAGCCGCUCCGGUUUCGAGAAAGUUUGCAAUGACAAAGCCGUCUCUGUUGCUGCUAGAGAGGCUGACUGUAGCAACAGCUCUUGGCGAGCCCGUGCUCCUUGUCGGCGAGACCGGUACGGGCAAGACCACUGUCAUUCAACAUCUUGCUUCGCUCCUCGGUCAACCUAUGGUUGCGCUCAAUCUUAGCCAGCAGACUGAGAGCGGCGACCUACUCGGAGCCUUCAAACCGCUCGAUCCCAAAGUUCCGGCCACCGAGAUCCACGACCAAUGGAGCUCCCUCUUCGCCCGCACCUUUUCGUCCCGCCGCAAUGCGCGCUUCGUCGACGCCGAGCGCAAAGCCUUCAUCGCUGGUAAAUGGUCCCGCCUUGCCCUUCUGUGGCGCGAAUCUGCAAAGAUGGCCUCGCAACGCCAGAGAGGUCCCAAUACGACAGGAGCGACAGAUCAAGACAUCGCCAGCGUCGACGCCGACGGACGUGCCGGAUCCGGUUCGAGAAAGAAGCGCAAAACGGAGCGAGGCGCUGCCGAAGGUUCUCCUUCUGAUAUCGACGAUGCGCGAGCAGAGGCAGAACUUGAUCGCGAGUGGGUCGAGCUGGAUGCAAAAGCCAGGGACUUUGGUGUCCAGCACGGCGGCAAGAAGAAGAACCUCGUCUUUUCCUUUGUUGAGGGUCCCCUGGUCAAGGCGCUCAGACAAGGUGACUGGAUUUUGCUCGACGAGAUCAACCUGGCGGCCGCCGAGACUCUCGACAGCCUCACGGGCCUCCUCCAAUCUCCGACCUCGAGCAUCACCCUCACAGAGCGCGGCGAUCUGGAGCCUAUUCCCAGACAUCCCAACUUCCGACUCUUUGCUUGCAUGAAUCCUGCCACCGAUGUCGGCAAGAAGGAUUUGCCGGCCAGCUUACGAUCGCGUUUCACCGAGCUCUACGUGCCCAGUCCAGAUACCGAUCGUGAUGCGCUCACGGCCAUCGUGGAAAAGUACAUCGGCGAGCACGCUCUCGGAGACAGAGGUGCCAUAAUGGAUGUCGCCGAAUGCUAUGCCGAGAUUCGCCGCUUGGCGCAGCAGCACGAGCUGGCCGAUGGCGCCAAUCAGCGACCCCACUUUUCCAUCCGAACUCUAUCGCGCGCAUUGACGUUCGCCACUGACAUUGCACCGCAGUACGGACUGCGCCGUGGUCUUUGGGAAGGUUUCAUCAUGGCUUUCACCCUGCUGUUGGACGAAACCAGCGCCAGGACAGUCCGCGCCAUAAUCGAGCGUCAUACCCUGACCAAGGCAAAGAAUGCCCGUGCCAUCGCUACCUAUGUUCCUCCAGCUCCCACGGGUGCCGAAGACGAAUAUUUCGUCCAAGUCGGGCCAUUCUGGCUCACGACCGGACCUGCACCACUCGACGCUGCAGAGGACUACAUUCUUACGCCGUCCGUGCAGAACAAGCUCGUGGGACUCUCGAGAACCGCGUUGACCCGUCGCUCUCCCGUCCUCAUCCAGGGGCCUACGUCAGCGGGUAAAACGAGUGCCGUCGAGUAUCUUGCGCGUCGCACUGGACACCGCUUCGUUCGCAUCAACAACCACGAGCACACCGACAUCCAAGAGUACAUUGGCUCGUACGCCUCGGACCCCGACUCGGGCAAGCUUAGCUUUCAGGAAGGCUUGCUGGUCAAAGCUCUGCGUAGAGGUGAUUGGAUCGUCUUGGAUGAGCUCAACUUGGCACCCACGGACGUGCUCGAGGCUCUCAAUCGUCUGCUGGAUGACAAUCGCGAGCUCGUCAUCCCCGAGACAGGCGAGGUGGUCAAGCCCCAUCCACACUUUAUGCUCUUUGCGACGCAGAACCCUCCAGGUCUCUACGCCGGACGUAAAGUGUUGAGUCGAGCCUUCCGCAAUCGUUUCCUCGAGCUGCACUUUGAUGACGUUCCGCGAGCCGAGCUCGAGACGAUUCUCACCAACCGAUGCAAGAUAGCUCCCUCUUACUCGUCGCGCAUCGUAGGCGUCUUUGAAGAGCUACAGAAGCGUCGCCAGGCUGGUCGUGUCUUUGAGACCAAGCAGGCCUUCGUCACGCUUCGUGACCUAUUCCGUUGGGGCAAUCGCGAAGCGGUAGGCUAUCAGCAACUGGCAGAGAACGGGUACAUGCUUAUCGCCGAGCGAGCGCGUCGCUCAGACGAUAAGGACAUCGUCAAGGAGGUCAUCGAGAAGGUCAUGCGCGUCAAGCUCGACGUCGAGCGCAUGUACUUGCUAGAGGGUCAAGACAGCGAGGCAACGCUUGCUCGUAUCGGCAGAGGACUCGGCAGCGCCAUCAUCAAGACCCUUUCCAGCACAAACAUCGUGAAAACAUCAGCCUUUCAACGAUUGCUGUGCCUCGUGGCCACAUCCCUGCGGUACAACGAGCCAGUGCUGCUCGUCGGUGAAACUGGUGCGGGCAAGACGUCCGUGUGCGAGGUACUCGCGACUGCCUUCGGUCGCGAUCUACACUGUGUCAACUGUCACCAGAACACCGACACGGCCGAUCUUCUCGGUGGUCAGCGUCCGCUUCGCAAUCGAGCUGCUCAGCAAAACUCCGCCAAGGCUGCAUGCAUCGAAGCCCUGAACGAGCUCCACAUCCCACACAAUCUCAGUGGUGAGAGCAAGCUCGAAGACGUUUCCUCCGUCAUGGAGGCGAUCUUGUCCAACGAGCCGGAGCAGCUGGCGUCACUAGACCAAUCGCAAAAGGCAACAGCUAAGCAGUCGCUAAACAGUGCUCUGCGCGAGGUGUACCAGGCUACCGCGCUGUUCGAAUGGCGGGACGGCCCUCUGGUACAGGCGAUGCGAGCUGGCGAUCACAUCUUGCUCGACGAAAUCUCAUUGGCCGACGACAGCGUGCUCGAGCGUCUCAAUAGCGUUCUGGAACCUGCUAGAACACUCGUCUUGGCCGAGCGAGCCACCUCGUCGAGCCAACUUAGCUCCGAGGCUGACAUCUCGUCAUCGCAGAUCACGGGUGCAGAUGGCUUCCAAGUGCUCGCGACCAUGAACCCAGGUGGCGACUACGGCAAGAAGGAGCUCUCACCCGCGCUGCGUAAUCGAUUCACCGAGAUCUGGGUGCCGCACGUCGAUAUUCGUAGCGACUUGAUCCAGAUUAUCAACGCACAAUGGAGGGACGCUAGGUUGUUGCUAUGGACCGAGCCCAUCAUCGACUUUUCCGACUGGUUCAUUCAUCAGAUUGGCGGCCGCGACCAGUCAGGAUUGGGCUUGCGAGAUCUUCUUACGUGGGCAUCAUUCAUGAACGAGCUCGUCGUCAGCUCGUCGCUAGAUCCAGCCCUCGCUUUCGCCCAUGGCGCCUCUCUCACGAUCAUUGACGGCCUAGGGGCGCUGCCUGCCACCGCAGCCAUGACCGCUGCAGGCUUGGCGCAGCUACGCAAUCGCUGCCUUGCCAGGGUGGCCGAGCUCAUUGCACCUCAAGAGUACGAUCCCAAACUGGAAAGCCUUUUCGAAGUGGACAUCUCCGAGGAGCGCUUGCGCAUUGGUCCCUACACCAUCCAACGCGGGAGCAUCGACACAGUCGCGCGAGGUUCUGGGUCGUUCAGCUUCGGAGCAAAGACUUCUGCAUCCAACGCUAUGCGAGUCCUUCGAGCUUUGUCCGUACCAGGAAAGUCGGUCCUUCUCGAAGGUAGCCCAGGAGCGGGCAAGACCAGUCUGAUCACUGCCCUCGCCGCUGCAGCAGCUCGCCCGCUGACUCGCAUCAACCUCUCCGAUCAGACCGAGCUUGUGGAUCUGUUUGGGUCAGACAUGCCUUUGGAAGGCGGAGGUCCUGGUGAGUUUGCUUGGCGUGACGCAGCUUUCCUUACCGCCAUGCAGCAAGGCGAAUGGGUGCUGCUCGACGAGAUGAACCUCGCAUCUCAAACGGUGCUCGAGGGCCUCAACUCGUGCCUUGACCAUCGUGGAACCGUCUACGUGCCUGAGCUGGGACGCUCCUUCACCAAGCAUAGGGACUUCCGCAUCUUUGCCGCACAGAACCCACAUCACCAGGGCGGCGGCAGGAAAGGUCUUCCCAAGUCGUUCCUCAACCGUUUCAUCAAGGUGCACAUCGAAGAGCUUACGCGCCAAGACAUUCUCGCCAUCAGCUCGCAUCUGUACCCCAACUUUGAUACGGAGCAGCUUCGUCGCAUGAUCCAGUUCAACUUUGAUCUCCAUCACGAAGUUGUCGUCAAGCACUCCUUCGGCAGGGUCGGAGCCCCAUGGGAAUUCAAUCUCCGAGAUCUGAUGCGAUGGCUUGAUCUGCUGCACACCAAUCUUGGUCUCAACAAACUUGGCGAUCCGGUCGAGCAUCUUGCUUCCCUCUACAUCCAGCGCUUCCGCUCAAUCUCUGAUCGUCAAGCCGCACGCGAACUGUUCCGGAAAACAUUUGGUACGGAGUCGGCCAACGCUCCGCGCAUUCUGUCGACGUUGACGCGGACCAAAGUGCGAAUCGGACAUGCGGUGAUGCAGCGCGAGCCAGUAUUGAACGCGUUCAACCACCGUCUCGUCCUCCUCCCAAGUCAGCUACCGAUGCUCGAGGCCUUGAUGGACUGCGUGCACAAGGAAUGGCUCUCCAUCCUCGUCGGGCCCACAGGUUGCGGAAAGACGAGCGUGGUGAGGCUUCUUGCACAACUGACGGGCGCCCGCUUGGAAGAAUUCCAGAUGAACUCAGGCACCGAUACCAUGGACCUCAUCGGCACGUUUGAACAGUACGACCCGCAUGGACGCAUAAGACAUGCCUUUAGCACGCUGCUAAAGGAGAUGCAGCGCGUUUUCGAAAUGGUUGCUGCGUCGAGCACUGACCAUCUUGCAGCCUUCCUCGCUGCUCGUGACGUAUUCGAGAUGGCUAUUUGGAAUACAAAAGCCACGCUCUCUGCAGAGAGCAUGGUCAGUGCCUUUGAGGCCGUACGAGCUCUCAAUGGCCGCAUCGAUGAUGACGCUCUCAGAGCAGCGCUUGAGGACGCCUCUGCAGCAGCUAUCGAAUUACAGCAGACCUCGCAGGACACCGAACGAGCCACGGGAAGAUUCGAAUGGAUCGAUGGACCUCUACUUCGAGCCUUGCAGGAAGGUCAUUGGCUCUUGCUCGACAACGCCAACCUCUGCUCGGCAUCGGUGCUGGAUCGACUCAACUCUCUCUUCGAAGUCAACGGCUCCCUGGUCAUCAGCGAACGCGGUGUCGUGGACGGCAAAGUGCCCGUGGUUCGACCCCAUCCGAACUUCCGCGUAUUCAUGUGCUUGGACCCAAGGCAUGGCGAGCUAUCAAGGGCCAUGAGGAACCGAGGAAUCGAGAUCGCUCUCUUGCCGCAACAGAGCGCCGAGUCUGCCGAUCUCGAGAGGCUCAUGCAGCUCUGCGGUGUCGAGUCCGGCAAAUCGAUCAGCCUUGAAGCGUCCGCUCAGAGGAUGCUGAUGGAUGCUUCGCUGCGCGGUCAGAUGCUGCAGCGUGGCCUUGAAGAGCGAGAAGAAGGGCAACUAAGCGAUCUGCCAAGCGUCCACCGACGCGAGGCGGCGAUCUGGGCGGCUAGUCAGCUGACGCUUACCAACACUACUUUGGCGUCUGCUACCUUACCUUUGCUUCUCUCGAGCGUCGAAGAAUCAGCCUCAGAAGCAAGCGCCUCCUUGCUGAUACGUCUCAGCUCUCCCAAGGUGUUCACAUUGAUUCGGCAAGUGCUGAUCAGACGUCUGUUAACGGUCUCGGGCAUUACCUCGGCAUUGUUGCAGGACGUUGUAUCAAAUCCCACGCCUCUUCUGACCAGCAGAGAAGCUGUCCAGCAUCGUUUGGCAGAUACGACUCAUGUCACGCAGGAGCUAGUUGAUUCCUUCUCCGUCGACCUUCGCUACGACGACAACGUGUCUCGACUGCUAGGAUCGCAAAGUGUCUCAGCAGAGAGCAUUGGCAUUCUUCUCGCGGCGAUGAUACAACGUCUCGGAGCGCAGCAGAUUAUGGAAGCAGCCUCUACGAAGCGCAUGCAGGAUCUCAGCAUCUUGGAACGUUCCGCACGACUCAGCAGCACCGCAAUGGUCCACGACGAGGACCAAGCGACGACGACUGUGCGCAACGUCUUUCCCCUGAUCGCUGCCACCAACAAUAUGGUGCUUGCAUCUGUGCAUACCGACGGCGCUGCCAGUUGGUCCGCCUCGACCCUGCGUCAAGUGGCUUCGCUUUUGCGCUCUGCCGAGUACUUGCAGAAGCUAUGCGCAACCUCCGAGCUCGAUUACUCGUCGAUACAGAUUCUGGUGCGAUUCAUGUCGGACCUGCUCAGGGACACCAAUGACGGAGGAAUCGUCAGCGACGCCCAUCUGCUUCGCACGAUCGACUCGCUGGGAGGAUCCCUUCAACUCACGUCCGGUAAGGCGCUGUUCCCCAUCUGGUCCCUCUUCGGAGCCAACGAGGGUAUGCAGACCAGCUUGUACCGUCUGAUCUGCGAUGAGCUGACGCAGCUUCCAGCUGUUGCCGGCGGCGAUCUAGUGAAGAACGCUUUGGAUGUCGCAGCCACUCUCUGUGUUGCGAGUAAACAGUCAGCGGCGCCGUCGCAGCUGCGAGAGAUCAUGCAGCUCGGAUGGCAGACGCUCAAGAUGAUCCGAUCUGCCGGCAAUAGGGCAGCCAUCAAAGAUCAGCAGCACGCUGCGGUCGGCUCCGCUGCGACAGCCAAAGCGGAAGCCAUACUGCUCAGUCUCGCAGAGGUUUCGACCAAGACGCCCGACUGUUUGCAUGCCGGGCCCGAGGCUUCCAGGAUGAAGAUUGUCAUGAAUCUCUUCACAGCUGAUUCAUCGCCAGCCAUUCAAGCAGCUGCUGCUUCAUGCAAGUCCGUUCUAUGGUCACUGGACUCCGGAUCCACAAUUUCAAACGCGGUCCUGGCAGACUUCAGCUGGAUUCGUCGUCUUUGGCUGGGAGAGGCAGGCCAGGUCUCGACAAGCGACGGACCCGCCUGCCUUUUGCGGCCCGUCGCUCUGCAGACGCUGCUUGAAUCGCGAUUUGGAUCUCGAUCUCUUGAGGAGAAAUCGCUUCACGAUGCUUCGGUCGGUCGCAUGAUCAGAAGCGUCGGUGCCGCUCUACCGGCAAGCUCGUCGUUCCGCGCCGAAAAGCUUACCGAAGUCUUGACCUGCUUCAUCGGCCUCGUCUCCGAGGCACUCUACAAUGCUGCCCUCAAGGAUCUGUCGAAGCAAGGUCUCCCGUCGUGGAAGUCCGCGACCGGUUUGACGGAAUGCAGCGCUGUCCUCAAGUCGUUGCUGGCAGCGGAACGGGCGCACCUCGCGGAGGGCACCGCCGCUGCAUUGUGCGAGUGGAUCAUCGUCCUGGAGCAAGAAAUUCAACCUGCCUUGUCAGGCCCGAGAGACACGAGAGAAGUCGCGACCAUUGGACAAGCGUGGAUCUCCACUUCGUUGAUCAUGCUUCGUCUUUACCUGCCCAACGUCGCGCUCGACCCGAUUGUCGCUCGCAGAACAAUGGCCAACUUUAACGAAUUCUGCCAAUCUCAGCUCAAAAGUGCACUCGACCUCGAGAUCUACGCUGAGUCAGCCACGACCGGCGCGGCGAGCAAUCGCGUCAUCCGUGAUCUGCAAACCCGGAUCGACGAUACCAGCAAGCAGCUCAAGAUGCACGCUGGCGAGCAUGCUCAAGCUUGGCGAAAGCCGAAUCUGAAGCUCCUGUCGCAGUUUUACCGCGAGACAUCGUCGUUCCUCCGGGAGGUAGUGACACCCGAGCGAGUGGCUAAUCUGGUUCAGGCAUUGAUCAGCGGACCCUCAGAGCAGGCCGAGCAGCGGGAAGCAAGCUUGCAAGCUAGCUUGCUCUCCUUCGGCGAUCGACUUCGCAAGACUUUUGCUGAGCUUCGUGAUAUGGUCGAGCCCAUCCUGGCAUCGCUGCUACAGCUCCAGCUUGGGUUGCGAAUCGUUCGUCAGGAGAGCCGAAUCGCGUUUGCAUCCGACGACGUCAAGCAGCGCGGUGCCAUCGUGGAAGCACUCGUCGCUUUCCCGUCUGCACGCAGCACGGCGUUGUUACGGCAGGCGAGCCUCUCAAAUCAGCUUCAGGCACGCUCACAGAUAUCAGCUUCCCUCCUCAUCGUCUCCGCCACCUCUGUCGCCUACGAUCGUGCCUCGCUUAGCACUGCGGUGCUGGAGAGCCCCGAUAGCCUUCGCAACGUCAGCCGUGGCUAUGAGAGAAUCUUUCAACUGUGGGCGCUCGACAGGGAAAGGGCAAAGCGCGAAGAGGAAGAGAAUUCGAGUCUGUACAAGUCGCGCAAGAUCGAAGACUCCAUCGACAUGGAUGCAGAAGCAGAAGAGAAGGAGUUCCGCUCCUUGUUCCCGGAGUACGACGACGAUAUUCUGGAUGGUCCGCGACCUUCCGUCGCCGUCAAUGGUGAAGAACACUCGAUGCACAAGGGAAUGUUGCUGCCUCCGCCUCGAUUUGCUGUUGUGUUGCAUGCGCACAUGGCGAUCUUCGGAUCUUCUUCCCGUGGAACAGCCUCUGCAAUGUUCCAGCAAGAGCGCGACAGUCUCGUAACCAAGCUCAUGCGCCAGCAUCACGAGGAUUGGUCGGAGAACAUCGACAAGAUUGGCGCGGCCUUUGGUCUGUCAGCGGCCAUCGACGACCAGCUCGCAUCGAGCCAGACCUCCAAGGACUUCAACUUUUACCUGGAUCCCCGCACAUCUGAGGUCGGAAAGGCGACUGUUAUCGUCGAGGAGCUACGAGCGCGACUGAGUGCUCUCAUACAGAACUGGCCCGAGCAGAUGGUUCUGCAGCAUAUUCGCGAUCGCUGCGACGCAGUACUGCGCCUUGGUGCCGCAAGUCCGGUGGCCAAGAUGCUCAGCGCUCUCGAGCAGCUCUUGACGCACACCGAAGACUGGGAGGGUUUUGCGAGCAAGGAGACGUCAAUUCAGGCAAAUCGCGAACGCAUCUCUGCUCAGAUCAUCGAGUGGAGGCGCUUGGAGCUGUCGUGCUGGGCAGAGCUGCUCAGCACGCAGGCAAGUACCUUCCAGGACGAGCUUGGAGAAUGGUGGUUCCGUGUGUACGAGAUCCUCAUACGAGGCACCCGAGCCGCUUCAGCGGAUGGGCCGGAGGCGUUCAAGGAUCACGUCGAGCAGCUCAUCGACGCGGUCGACCAAUUCAUCCGCUCGAGCCCCCUCGGACAAUUCGAAGCGCGCCUUUCUCUGCUCGAGUCGUACGCGCGCUUUAUCGAGCAACUCGUCCGCUUAGCUCCGCCAAAGGAGAGUCAAGGUCUCGGAGAGGUCGGAGUGGUGUUGCACAACGUGACUGCCUUCUUCCGCCAAUUUGACGAGCGCAUCUCUGGUACCUUGCAGAGCCAGCGUGCAGUCUUGGAAAAGGACAUUCUUGGCUUCAUCAAGCUGGCGAGCUGGAAGGACAUUAACAUCCACGCGCUCAAGCAGUCGGCUCACAAGACGCAUCGUCAGCUGCACAAGACCCUGCGCAAGUUCAGGGACAUCCUUCGUCAGCCGGUGGAUCCCAUGUUGGCUUCGCAUCUCGAUGCACUCACCAGGCGCGAUAUACCCGCCUUGUCUGUUGCCGAGCUCAGCCGUCACAGAUUUUUCCAAGUCAGCGAAAAGCUUAGCGCGGCCUGGACGGAGGCGGUCUCAUUCGCCGGUCACAACGAGUCGGCGCCAGAGCAUAUCCGCAACAUCGUCAAGACUCUCGCAGUCCUUCAGAAGAUGUCAGGUGAUCGCCUCUGGCCGGCAUUGCUGCGACCAACUUCGACCGCCACGGGUAUCGCAGAUCUGGCCGAUGAGAUCGUCGAUCGUCAGCAGCAGCUCGCCAAGCUUACGCCAGCGUUUUCGAAAGAGGACAACGAGAAAGCGAUCAAGAACCUGACGGCACGCAAGCGCAAAGCAUGGUCGGAUCUGCUCAAGGAGCUUCGUCGCGUCGGUCUCAGCUCGUUUGUCAAGACCGACAUGGCCGCGAUGAAUCAGAGCGUGAUGCACAUCUAUACACGACCUGCUCUGCUCCAAGUCUGUCCCGCCUCGCUCUCGGACGAGCCAUUUUCGACGCUCGAGCGACUCUUCUUCCGUCUCCUCGCUGCAUUGCCGAAAGUACGCGACUCGUUGCAAAGUCACAGCCCUGACUUGUCGACGGCUGAACUUCAACGCGGUGUCAACUACAUUGAGCAUAUCACGCAUCUUGUUCUGAAGGAACGAGACCGAAUGCAUUCCGAAUUGCUGUCGCUGUCGUCGAUCGAGAAGCUCGUCGAGCGAAUACGCGAUCUGCAUGUCGCAGGUGUCGGCACUGUCAUCAGGGCCUCGCAAUCUGCGCCGUUCCAGGCUCUAUCCGACUUCCUUGCUCGCCUGGCCGACUCGCUCACCGAGAUCCAGACGCAAGCUCCCAGAUUCCUCGCAACAUCGGCAUUCCCAGCUGGCCCAGCUGACACGUUGAUUGGGCAAUUGUCUCCUCUUGCGGCUCAACUCGGACAGAAAGCCGCAUCCGUUGAAGUGCUUGCAAAAACGGCGAUCAAAGGUGGCAAGGGUCUUUUCUUCGUCACAGAGCAAGAGCGCAUCAGCCUCGAAGCUGGACGCGAUCUGGUCGAAAACCUGCAGCGAGACUUGUUCAUCCACUUGCAGGACUUGCCGGCCUUGGAAGCACUCCUUCAUCCUGUGUGGAAGUGGAUCAGUGAGUCCCUUCCGCUCUUUGACCGAUGCCUCGACACUCUCGACGCACCUCUGAAAGGCUCUUUCCAGCCCGAGAUCUUCGUGCAGCAAGCCAACACGGUGAUCUCGGCCGUCUUGCAGGUGGCUCAAGACGUCCGUCGCGCUCACUCAGCCGUGUCAUCUGACCCGACUGACCUAGAUGACAGUGCGAGUCCCCUGUCGGACAAAGUUGUUACGACCGAACUGCACACUUUGCAGACCCAGCAAGCCAUGUUGCGGUCCUCUUCAGUCUUCUUGGAAGUCGAGAAGCUGUUACACAUGGCACAGCAGCUGGCGAGGGAUACCGAUGCGGAAGAGAUGGUGCAGGUGCAGCUCGCUGCCGUCUAUCCUUUCCUCUGCGAGUAUUCGGAGCUGCUGCGAGCCCAUCUGCUGGCGUCAGCGCAUUACUCCAGGAGCUUGCUCAAGCUCGACCACACACUCUGUCAUUUGCUGACUGCUCUGGCCAGCAAGGGAUUCUGCAAACCUCCAGAGGAGCAGCAGACCGACGACGAUGGCCAAGGCGAGGACGGCGAGCAACUCGAAGGCGGUACCGGACUUGGCGACGGUUCUGGCGCCAAGGACAUCACCGAUCAAAUGGAGGACGACGAAGAUAUCGAAGAGCUUCAAAAGGAUGGUCCGGACGAUGAAGGGGAUGACGGCGACAAGACGGAACGCGAGAAGAACGCAAAGGAGGCCGACCAAGACUUUGGUGGAGACCUCGAGGACAUCAGCAACGACGGAGAAGACGAAGACGCCGGUAGCGAUCAAGGCGACGAUGGCGACGAGCAAGAGCCUGAAGAGGCCAUUGGCGACGUCGAUCCUCUCGACCCGAAUGCUGUCGACGAGAAGGUGUGGGACGGCAACAACGACGACGAAGAAGAGAGCAAAGAUGCACCAGAGGACAAGACGAACAAGGAUCUUGGCUCUGACAAUGCAGACGGCAAGGAGGCCGAGUCUGUUCCCAAGGCAGACGACGCUGGUAGCGCUGACGAGAAGCAGAAGCAGGAGCGCCCUGCCGAAGGAUCUCGCGACGACCAACCGCAGCCGGACGAACAGCAGCAAGAGCAAGGCGAUGCCGACCAACAAGACGGCUCUGACGACCAAGACGCUGCCGAGCCCGAGGAGCGCGAAGGCGAAGAGGGUGAGGGCGGCGAAGAGGAAGACGACGAAGAUGCCGAUGUCCAAGGUGAAGGAGGCGGUCGUCAGCUGGAUCAGGAAGCUGAACAAGGACAGAACCUCGAUCUGGAUGAUGACCUCAACAUGGACGGCGGUGAUGGUGAGAGCGACGGGGAUCGUGAUGACGACGACGAUCUCGACGAUGUAAGCGACAUGGAAAAGAUGCCGGACGAAGACCAACGAGACGACAGGGUCGACGACAAGGCGAUGGACGAUCUCGUAGACGACCCGACGGCCGACGACAAGAAGCAAAAUGACGAGACUGCCGAAGGAGAAGCAGAUGAGCCGGAACCUGAGGAGAUCAAGGUGGACAAGGAUGAAGGCGAAGACGCCAUGGAUGAGGACGGUGAGGAGGAAGGCCCGGAGCCGCAGUCGAAGCAGCAGAAACCUGCAAACGACGAUCCAUCCGUCAACCAACAGGAUCAGGUGGAUCCCUUCGACAUCGACGCGGUGGAUCAAGGUGCCGACGAUGGAGGCCAGGACGAAUCAGCCAACCAGCAGCAGUCGUCGCGAUCUCAGCGAGGCAGACGUGUCGACGCACGCAACGACCAGUCGCAGGCUGACGAAGGCAACGACGCGGACGAGUCCCCGGACGCAGCACCGCGAGAGCAAGCCGAGCAGCCGCCAUCGGCUGGUCAAAGUGGAGCGCACUCGCUUCAGACUGAACGCCAAGAAGCCACUGCCGACCAAGAACAGGAUGGUGAAGCUGGCGCCGACCCCAAUCCACUCCGUCGUAUGGGCGACGCGUUGGAGCAAUUCCGGCGCAGAAUGCAAGAGAUCCAGAAUGCCCGCGAAGAGGAGGAGGAGCAGGUGUCUGGCGACAGACCUGACCACGAUGGCGAAGGCUUGCCCGAAGACAUCGAUGUCGAGCAUGUCGCUAACGAUGAUGCUGCCGAGCUGCAAGCUCUCGGGGCCGCACAGGAGCAAGACGAAGUUCGCAAGCUUGGCGAUCUCGGCAUCGAGGACGAAGACGAAUCUCUGGCACCCAAACCUCGCGGACAGGAUGUCAACGAGCAAGAGGGGUCAGAGCAGCACGAGCCGCAGCCCCUCCCCGAUCAGCCCACCAAGGAUCAGCGUGACGAAGUCAACGAUGGUCAGCAGAAAGCGUUCAUGCCUUCAGACCUCAAGCCGCCCUCCGCUUCGUUGACAGCUGAACAGAAGGCUCUGCUUGAUCGCGACGGAGACGCCAACAUGGCAGACGAAGUGCACGUCAAGAAGGAAGAGGACGAGGACGACGAAGCUAUGACACCGUUACCCGAUGACGUUCGAGAGGAGGUGGAUGACGAGGUACAGCAGCAGCUCGAAGCAUUCCGUAACGUUGCCUCAUCUGAGGAGCGCCUCGCUCAAGCUGCUGAACUCUGGAGAUCGUACGCGUCGCUCACCGCCGAUCUGGCCUUCUCGCUGUGUGAGCAGCUUCGACUCAUCCUCGCUCCCACUUUGGCAACGCGUCUCAACGGCGACUUCCGCACAGGCAAGCGACUCAACAUGCGCAAGAUCGUGCCCUUCAUCGCUUCCGAUUUUGCCAAAGACAAGAUCUGGCUUCGACGCACCAAGCCUUCGUCUCGCGAGUAUCAAGUGAUGCUGGCGAUCGACGAUAGUCGCAGCAUGUCCGAAUCGCGCUCUGCGCACCUGGCAUAUCAGACACUGGCUCUCGUCACGGGUGCGUUGUCUCGGCUGGAAGUCGGCGAUGUCUCGAUCUGCCGCUUUGGCGAAGAUGUCGAUAGCCUUCACGACUUUGGCAAGGGCAGCUUCAACGAUCAGAACGGAGCCCAUGUCAUCGAUCGACUCGGCUUCCAGCAGAAAAAGACAAACGUGCUCAAGCUGGUGGAAAAGUCGCUCGAGACGCUGGCCGAGGCGCGCGCUUCGCGAUCCUCUUCGUCCGCCUCUCAAGGUGGAGAUCUGUGGCAGCUUGAAAUCAUCAUCUCGGAUGGCAUCUGUCAGGACCACGCCAAGCUCCGCUCGUUGCUGCGCAGAGCGGCGGAGCAGCGCGUGAUGCUCGUUUUUGUCGUGAUUGACUCGUUGCAAUCCAAGCCUGCUACAGUCAGCGGAGCAUCGACCCCGGUGGCCAAACCAGCUGCGGCACAGCAGCCGAGAGGCUCAAUCUUGGACAUGACGAAUGCUUCGUACUACACGGACGCCAACGGACGCUUGCAACUCAAGAUGGAGCGCUACAUGGACACAUUCCCCUUCGACUACUAUGUGGUGGUACGAGAAGUCGAAGCUCUGCCAGAGGUGUUAUCUGCUACACUGCGUCAAUGGGUCGAGAAGAUCCGCGAGACCGAGUCUUGA